GCGAUAGUUUCCAAGCGAGAACGCGGCCUUUUCGUCGACGAGUAAAAUUUGAAGGUGACGGCAGGAACGGAAGAUGCGGAGUGGCUGGUGAGAGGGUCGUUUGCAAGAAGGAGCAGGCUGGUUCUUUGUGCCGCUUGUUGUCCGGCAUCGUAGUCACAGCCAUGAAAGGGAAGAAGACCCUCCAUAUUAAGAAGGCCUUUGAGCAAGCUCAAAAACCUCACCAAAAUCAUGCAAAACUUGUGACAUCUUUGAGGCAUGCAUACAAUGAGUUACAGGACAAAAACCAUUUUCAUGAGGAGUUCAUUAAUUACCUGAAGUACGCCAUGAUAAUCUACAAACGAGAACCUGCAGUAGAACAAGUGAUAAAUUUUGCAGCCAAGUUUGUUGUUUCUUUUUAUGAGCCCGAGAAAGAUGAUGUUGAAGAAGAGGAGGAGGAAGUGGAGAAUUCACUCUUGAAUUAUUUGUUCAACUUCCUGAUUGAGUCUCACAAUGCUAACAGCAACGCAGUAAGAUUUCGAGUGUGCCAACUUAUUAACAAGCUUUUGGGAAGUCUGCCAGAGAAUGCUCAGAUUGAAGAUGAGUUGUUUGAUAAAAUAAACAGAGCCAUGUUGCUCAGAGUAAAAGACAAAGUUCCAAAUGUGAGAAUUCAAGCCAUACUGGCACUGUCUAGACUCCAAGAUCCGAAGGACAAUGAUUGCCCUGUGGUUAAUGUUUACAACAGUUUGAUUGAGAAUGACUCCAACUCUGAAGUCAGACGUGCUGUGUUGUCAUGUAUUGGUCCAUCAGCUAAAACCCUGUCCAAAAUUGUAGGUCGUACCAAGGAUGUAAAAGAGACAGUCAGGAAACUUGCAUAUCAGGUUCUUGCCAAAAAGGUUCAUAUGAAAGCUUUGACAAUAGCCCAGAGAGUUAAUAUUUUGCAGCAAGGGCUUAAUGAUAGAUCAGAAACUGUGAAAGAGGUGGUACAGAAGCAGCUUCUUCAAGCCUGGCUAGGUCUGGCUGAGGGGAAUGUGUUGGAAUUGCUUCAUCGGUUGGAUGUGGAAAGUUGCCCUGAAGUGGGGAUUCCAGCACUUAAUGCCUUGUUUUCACUGUUUCCAAUUGAUGACUUGAUUAAAAAAUUUUCAGAACUUUCAGAACUUGAUAACAGGAAAGUAAUUCCAAUUGAAAAACUAACUGCUGAGAAUGCAUUACUCUGGAAGGCUCUGUGUGAAUACUUGAAAUCCAAAGGACAAGUAGGAGAAGAAUUUUUAGAGCACGUUCUGCCAGAACCUGCCAUAUUUGCAGAGUAUCUAUUAAGUUAUCUUCAGAGUAUACCUGCUCUCAGUCAAGAAGAAAAUGAAGAUAUGGCCUGUAUUGAACAUUUGAUGACCAAAGAAUUUAUAGGACAGCAGCUGAUUCUUAUGAUAGGCUGUAUGGAUACCAGUGAAGAAGGAGGACGGAAGAGAUUGUUGACUGUCUUACAAGAAAUUCUUAUGAUUCCUACCACUUCACCAUCCCUUGUACCACCACUUAUAGAGAAACUGCUCAGUAUUCUCAAAGAUGAUGACAGAAGAAUCCAGACUGUGGCUGAAACCAUUUCAGAGGUUCGUGAAGCAGUGAUCACAGUAGAAAAGCCUCUAGAUGCAACUGAAUUAAGGAAGCAACAGCUUAAAAUGGCUGAAAUAAAAGUGAAACUUAUGGAAGCAAAAGAUGCGCUGGAAAAAUGUGUGGCUCUGCAGGAUUUCAGUGAGGCAUCAUUGUUGAAAGAGAGAAUAAUAGAACUGGAAAGCAUUAAAAGUGACCUGUUAAAGGAGGCCGAGGAGCCUCAAACAAAGGAAAUAUGCAUGGAAAAGAAUGAUCCUGAAACACUGCUGAAAUGUUUGAUGAUGUGCAAUGAACUUCUAAAGCAGCUAUCCCUUUCCAAAGGAUUAGGCCCAACAAUGGAUGGAAUAAUUGAAUCCUUGAUAAUUCCAGGAAUUACUAAUAUCCAUCCAGCUGUAAGAAACAUGGCAGUCUUAUGUUUGGGCUGCUGUGGUCUGCAGAGCAAAGACUUUGCCAGCCAGCACCUUGCAUUGCUGUUGCAGGUCUUGCAGAUUGAUGAAAUGAAGGUAAAAUUAAGUGCUUUAAAGGCAGUCUUUGACCAGCUAAUGAUGUUUGGAAUAGAACCAUUCAAAACUAAAAAAGGUGCAGAUUCCCAAAUGGAAAAUGAAGAUAAUGGAAAUGAAGAGUCUGAUGUAGAGGUGACUAAAGAAAGUGAAGAAGAAAUUGCUACCACCCACAACCUCCUUCAGCUUCUUUCUGGCUUCUUAGACAGUGAGUUUUCAGAACUCAGAACUGAAUCUGCGGAGGGCUUAGCCAAACUAAUAUUCUCUGGACGAUUGAUUAGUGCUAAGCUUCUUUCUCGGCUUGUUUUGUUGUGGUAUAAUCCAGUAACAGAAGAAGAUACACGUCUCCGACAUUGCUUGGGAGUUUUUUUCCCUUUAUUUGCAUACUCAAAUAGGAGCAAUCAGGAGUGCUUUGAGGAAGCUUUUCUUCCAACUCUACAAAUAUUGUUUAAUGCUCCAGCAUCUUCACCAUUGUCUGAAGUAGAUGCAGCUAAUGUUUCCGAGUUGUUUGUGGAUCUGACAAGACCAAGUGGAUUGAAUCAAAGCACUAAGGAUUGCCAGGGUGUGACGGUACACGAUAGUUUAGCAAUGAAAAUAUGCAAUGAAAUCUUGAUGGAUCCAAGUGCACUGGAUGUCCGCAUUUAUACAAAAGCUUUGAGUUCUUUAGAACUCAAUAAAGACUUCACAAAAGACCUCCUGGUUCUGCUUGAUGAGAUUCUUGAGAAAGUGAAAGACAAAACAUGUCUGAGAAUGAUUGAAAAAAUAAAGGGUAACUUGAACAGGGGAAGCCAUAAUGGUGGAGAAAUUUCUGAAGUGGCACAGGAAACUGACCUUUCUCAAGUAACUCAAGACAUGAAUGGUCCCACCCUACAGGAGAGUGACAGAACAUCUGAUCCCACUGACGAGAACAAGGAAGAACAUAAAGGAAUCACUCAGACUCUUGAAGAGAGAGAGAACACAGCUGCAAGAUCUACAAGAAGCAAAGCCAGAAAAGGUCCAAGAAAAAUAACCACAGAAGCAAAGUCCAUGCCCCGAAGAAGAAAUCGUGGAAUUGUAGAGUCUGAAAAUGAAAGCAGUGAAGAAGUUCACCAGCCUGCUUCAUUAGCGAGUUCAAGACCACCGCGCCGAGCAAAAACAGCAGCUCUUGGGAAAACUAGAAUGAAUCUCUCUAAGCUUCUGGACAAAGACUUGGUUGAUUGAAAAGUUACACCAAUGCAGUUUGCUAUAAACCCGCUUUUUAAUAACUGUAUAUAAAAAUCCAUUUUAUGAUUCUGUUGAUGUUUGGGAGCAAAAAUAAGAUCAUUGCAUGCACAGACCAAUGAAUUUUAAAACCAGGAGGACUUGCUUCUUAUAUUAUAUUUGGAAAGUGUAUGGUCUCACUUGUUAUUACAAACAGUGGAACUGUGAAGUAUAAUGUAGAGGUUUAGGAGAAUCUCACCUUGCUAGAUUAGACUUAAAAUCUGCAUCUGAUUGUGUUUGUGGAACCUCACUUCUGGACUGAUGUUUAGCUCUACAUUGCAAAAUAUAAACAUAUUGAAACUAGUCUUUUGUAAAAUAAGGAACUGUAUUAGGUGGUGCUUUUCUUCAAUACACAUUUAAUGGAUAUUUGGGCUUCAAAGGAUGAUUCCUAUAUAAACUGAAAAAAGAGUAAUAAACUGAGCUGGUGCAUUGCAUAUAAUUUGGGAAUAUUUUUCUGGCAUGUUUCUGCUUAUCCCAGACUUCUAGACUUCAUAUUUGACAUAUAGCCCAGUAUAGGUUGUCUCUACAAGAAGCUCCAAUGUUGUGUAUUUUAUCUAACUCUUGAAUCUCUCUCACUGCCUGCAGUUGCUUUCCUAAAGCCUGUGGUUCCCAAACUAUAUAUUAGAGGAUACUACUGUGUUGUGAGAGACUGACUUAUGCCUUGUCAGAAAUAAUCAAGAAUUAAAAUGUUUUUAAAACCCCC